AUGACAGACGAGGAGUUGGACAAGUACUUUGCCAGCUGCGUUCCGCUGUCCAACCUGCCAACCCCUCCGCCGGCAAAGGAGCCCACACCAAGCCGGGUAUCAACACCAGCUGCCCAAACAUCGACACAGUCACACGACAUCACUAGCCCUCCACAACACAAAGUAUACGCUGCCCACCUUGCGAACCUCGUUCCGCUCAACGUCUCCACCCAUCGCCCUCAUGCGUCGGUGAUUCAAGGUUUCCUGGACCGCGCUGGGCUGCCAGAUGAGAUCGUCGCCUUCGCGGGGUGCUUGCUAGAUGCAUUGAGUAACCGGUUUGCAACCACUUGGCGAGAUGCUCUCAUACCAAGCGACUAUGCUCGCGACGUGAAGAACUUUCUGAGGACGGACUCGCGUCAGAACAUGCGCGUCAGCCCAGACGUUAUUGUUCUGGCCGCACUUUCACUCGCACAUGGCUUCCUCGUCGACCGGCAGCGGUCCUCACGCCACUGGAGUAUCAAAGAGAGCGAUGGUGCUUUUACCGUGCAGGAGAUUGAGGCCACCAAGAGGGCUAUCUUGCAGGACAUGGACUACGGCCUAGCUCGAAUCUCCAACGACAUGGUGGAUUGGAGGCUGAAGACAAUGCAGCGUACUAGCACCUCUCCCUACACACCGACACCAACCACGGUCGCAACGAAGCAACGACGAAACCUUUCCAUCAGCCUCCAAGGUACUGCAAUCUGGAGCUACGGCGUGCAGACUCCGGAGCCCAGCCCAUAA